AACAGCAUUAAAUUUCAUAUUUCCGGUUCUGGUCCACACCGGGGUACGUGGCUUCAAAUUGCAGGCACCUCGCCGAAGCCAAAAUGCCUCAACAAAGUGAAUUGAUGGAUAAAGCAGAAGAUGUUGUAGACCAGAUUUUGAGGAAGAGUAAACAUGUUCUUCCACAUGUAGCUAGAUUCUGUUUGAUAGGAACAUUUUUGGAGGAUGGCAUCCGAAUGUGGUCACAGUGGAGUGAGCAACGGGAUUACAUGAAUUCAACAUGGGGUUGUGGGUGGUACCUGGCCACACUUUUUGUAUUAGUUAAUCUUAUAGGCCAGUUAGGAGGCUGUGUCAUGGUACUAAGUCGACAGAAGGUUCCCAUUGCCUGUGGCAUACUCUUCUCAAUUAUAGCUUUACAGACUGUUGCCUAUAGCAUUCUUUGGGAUAUAAAGUUUCUCCUUAGAAAUUUGGCCUUGGCUGGAGGAGUACUACUUUUAUUAGCAGAAGAUCGUGCAGAAGGCAAAAGCCUAUUUGCAGGCCUUCCAUCACUCGGAGAAAAUAACCCGAAACAGUACAUGCAGCUCAGUGGUCGCAUUCUCCUUGUGCUUAUGUUCUUAACCCUCUUACGUUUAGAACUUGACUUCUUUCAAAUGAUACAGAACUUGGUUGGUACAGCAUUAAUUCUCCUUAUUGCCGUUGGCUUCAAAACAAAGUUGUCUGCCCUUGUUUUAGUUGUAUGGUUGACAUUGCUGAACUUGUAUUUCAAUGCUUGGUGGAACGUCCCUUCCUACAAACCAAUGAGAGACUUUCUGAAAUACGAUUUUUUCCAGACACUCUCUGUCAUCGGGGGUUUGUUGUUGGUGGUAGCUUAUGGUCCAGGAGGUGUCAGCAUGGAUGAGCACAAGAAGAAAUGGUGAUGGAAGUUGUCUUACUCAUACUGUGCAAAACUUUCAAACUAAGUACGAAUCAAGAUAAACACGGCAAAGCUUUUUCAGGCAAGAAUCAAUAUACAUUUCUAGUCUCAGGGUUGGACUCAAAAAAAGUAAAGUUUAAUCAUUAUGUGUAUGUUAGUAAUUAUAAGGGGUGGGAAAGGGCACAUUCUGGCAAGUGGAGCCCAUAUCUGGGCAAGAGAAAAUAAUAUGCUCUUGAUAUAGUAAUAGGAUUGCUGUAUGAUUCAUACAAAAAAUACCAGUUUUCAGGCACAAAAGUGUGGUUAUCUCUGCAAAUAAUACAUCUUUGGUUUUGCAGGAAUCUUUAUAGGAAUUUGUAAUUCCUAUUUUCUUUUGUUAUUAAUUGCUGGAAUGUAUUGAUUAGUGAAAGGGAAACAUCAGUCCUACUAUUUUUUUUCUUGGAUGUAAAGAACAUUUUUGUAAUAAGCUUGACAGAAGUUUUUGGUUGUUAUGCCAAUUUAAUCCAGAUAUGGUGCAGCUGUAGCAUUUUUUUUAUGUUAAAAUGGGCUCUACAAGGCCAGUUCAGCUAGAAUAUGCAGAGUUGCUUCCGCCAAGCUGUAUUCAGCUUUCCAUCUUUGAGUCACGACAGUUUCCUAAUAAAAUUCAUUCUGUCAUAUGUAUUUUCUUUCUAAUAUAUUGUAUAUAUCAACUAGGUACAUGUAUAAGUAACUGACAGUAGAUUCAUAUACUGUUGCAAUCAUUAAUACAAAUAGUAACCGGUAUAUUUAGUACACAAACUUAUUUUUCAAAUUUCACCCUUCAGUGUUUGAUGUCAGAAUUUAUGUUUUCCUGAUUGGAAAUACUUGUGUUUAAGAAAGGUUUCAUAGUGCUAUUAGCAAUGCAAGUGUCUGGGCAUCUUUGAAAUCUGAGGGUUUCUACUCUUUACCUGUAAGGUACAUUUACAAAUUUUCUUUGCACCUCCAGAUAAUGUUAAGGAUAAAAUCAAAGGCUCUGUAUGUAAGUUGACUUGUCAGGACAUGACUGCAGAAACAUGCACACCUAGGAUCUGUUUGAUUAGUAUAAAAGGAAUCAAGCAUUACUUCAAAAAUCCAAGGUAUUCUUAAUUUUUGUUAACUUUUUUUAUAGUUGGUAGAACGCCAGAAUAAUUAGGACUAGACUGAAGAUAGCACAAUUCUAAUUUUUGAUGGACUUAAAUACAUCCUAUGAUUGGUCAUCUUUUAAAAUUUCAACAAGACAAAUGGCAAUCCAGAAGCUUUCAAUUUCAUCCCAACGUUUUCCAUAAUUAGUGUAUGGUAACUAGAGUAGAACUCUUUAAUUUCUGAGAUGGUGUUUGGGAAACUAGUUUUCUUCCAGUAUCAGUAUACCUAGUCCAAGUUACCGAUAGAUUUACUACCAGCAUUGAGACCUGGUAGAAAGAUUUCCACAAGGAAUGUUCAAUAUUUCAUAGAACACCUUAUAUUGUAUAAUUAAUAUAGGACAGAUGCCUAACACAUUUCAGUUGUUUGCUUUAUUAUUUUAUUGUGAAUACUUGUUAGCAUUGUUGUAAAUUUUUUCUUGUAAUUUAAAUGCAGAUUCCUGUGAAUUGAAAAAAAAAGAAAUAGUUUACAUUUCUCUUGCUGUACAAGUUGUAUGUCUCAGCAGACCGGGGAAAUUUUACUUGUUUCAUUCAGACAUUAUUAUUUACCAGGUAAGAUCAAUAUAUAGAUUAAAUAGGGACAAUUAUGGACAAUUGAAUGUUUAGAAAAUACUUAAAUUAUUGAAUGAAGUGUUUAUUAUGGUCACACAACCUUGUUCAAGACUGAACAUUCUUUCUUGCCAUUUAGACUGAUUUAAAAAAAAAAAUCCCUAAUUAAUAGUAUAAAUUUAGCAAAGAAUGAUAAUUAAAAGCUAUAUUAAGUACUAGAAAGACUGGAUACAUUGAUAGUAAUGUAUGAUCAUCGUUUUUGUUGUUUUGCCUUGGUUUUUCUUUGUUAAAAUAUUUUUUUUUCAAAAUGCACAAUCUUUUGUUUGGUAGAGAGAUUAACUAUUAACCCGCCAUGGAAGUUUCUAGCUUUAAUUUUAAUGUGAAGAAAGAUGAAUAGAAGUUGAUUUUUUCUGCAUGUGUAAGCCUUUAUAUUUUGGGUACAAGUACUGUUUAACUGCUUUUCACAGGCCUUUUUUUAUUACAUAAAUGUGCGAGUUCAUGACCAGAUCCAAGAGCCAAAUUGUGAUGUACAUUAGUAAUUCUGUUUACUUGUUCUAGAUGAUAGAUUUGGCAUAGAGCUCACCCUGGCCAAGGUAGCAAUCCACCUCACAAUAUCUUUAAUUAGAUUAUGAAGUGACAUUCACAGUGGUGUUACAUCAUAAUUGAAUUCAGCACAUAUUUAAUAUUCCACAAGUUUAUUCUAAACACAUUGAAAUUAUUUACUGUUUAAUUUCAUCUUUGUGGGAUUACUGCUGAAAUUUAUCAAAAAAAUCAAUUAUUCAUAUUUCAUUUGAAUUUCUUAGAAUUUUAAGGUAUAUUGAUGAGAGUUUUUGUUCGCUAAUUUACAAUGAACCAAUCAGGAUGAGCCUUAUCCAACUUUGUCUACUGGAGUUGUGUAGUUGUAUGUACUACUGUUGAUGAAAGUGACAUGCAUCAUUCAUAGUUUUGAACUGUGUUGUCAUAUAUUCUGUUGUCAUUUAACCUGUAUAAAACAUUGUGCAUGAGAGGAAAUAAAACAAAAAAAAAAGAAUUUAGUAAAGAAAUA